CUGUGAUUGGAUGCCUCCCCUCUUGUCUCAAUGCAACAGAGACUUCACUUGGAGAAGAGGCACCACUAGGCUUUGGUAAGCAAGCCAUGGUGACCGUGGUACAUAGAGGUUUGAGGGGACGAUGUCAGAACUUGUGAGGCCCACCUCAUGCCAGCAGCUGCAGUACUGAGCACUUGCCCAAAGUGGUGUUUUGGGCCUGGCUGAAGGGACUUUUAAAAAAAAAAAAAACCUGAAGAAGGGGGUUUAGUUCUUUGUUUACACUUGAGGUAGUGCCAAGGGGGGACCCCCUUUGCUUGGCUGCCUUCACAGAAGCUGCUUCUCCUGUUCCAGAGUGAACAGUUGUUUGUUCACAUUUUAGAAAGGGGGUGCUGGAGACGGCAGGGUGGAUUCCCACCCACUGGCUUGCCUCCACAUAGCUUGAGUGCUUGCUUGCCCCCCAAUGGUCACUUUUUCUUUAAAAGGGUUGCUGGAAUCUCUGGGGCAUGCCUCACUUAGGACUGUUAGAAGUUGCCUUGUACCAGCUCCAGCCAUUGGUAUAUUUGGCUCAGUAUUGUCUACUUUGCUGUUUGGCUGUGGUUUCGCACUGAGGACACUUCCACCCCUUACCUGGAGAUGCCAGGGAAUGAACCCAAGACCUUCUGCACUCAAAGUAGAUGCCUGCUAUGGCACUUUCCCAUUGGUUUGCCCUUCUUCCCUGUGAAAGUGAUAUGUUACUGGCUUCAGGAUUUCUCCUUCGUUUUCACCAAUUGACCAGGGUGUGUGUGUGUGUGUGUGUGUGUGUGUGUGUGUGUGUGUGUUUUCAAUAGAAUGCAGGCAGCCCUGUGCCCCCUCCACCCUGAACUUACCUGAACUCUAUUCAUGCAAUAUAGCUUCACAUGAAAACUUUUCUUUCACAAGAAUGAUCUUCACACAAGAUAUGUCCCAAAGCAGCCAUCAGGCACAGAACACAUCUGUUUCAAUGAACUUUAAGAAAAUAAAAAUUACAGAUAAGUUGCUCUUUAGUGCCAACUCAAAUCUCUGGUGUGGAGCCAUAUGGAUCUUUGUGAUCUUUACAAGGACACCGCCCGUCCCCCAAGAAAAACCUAUAGACAUAUAAAAUUUGUAGGUGUGGACUCAGAUUUGAUUGUGGUUUGGAGAAGAUGAGAAAAUAAUAAGAAUUGACAAAUCUGUGGCAUGGGAUGCGCUGGAUCUCUGAUUCUACAUUUCAGUCCAUUGAGACAAAUGUGAUCUGUGAUUUGACAGUGCUUGUUGAACAUCAAGUAUAAAAACCAUGCCAAAGUACUUCAGUAACCCUAGUGUCUAGGUAAUUCAGUACAAACUCACUUUUUUUGGUGGCGAAGGAGGUUUCUGGAAUAUGCUUGGAUCUUUACAUGCCCAUGUUACAAACAUUUUUUAAUUAGUCUUCUCUGCACAAUUUUUUGGUUGUGUCUCUUCUCCUGCUCUUUUAGAAGUGACAAACAUUUUGUGAUGUGUCAUGUCCGACAAUAGCCACUUUGUGAUAUGCCACACACUGCAUGGCAGCUAUUUUGCAACUGCUACCCACAUCCCUUUAUCAAAAUUACAAAUGUGUUCUGAAGUUCAAAAAAGUUGGCAACCCCUGGGUGUUCACCCUCCCAGGGUGACAACAAAACAACAGCAGGAGGUAUUAGAAAUAUAUUAAACAAUAAGAUGAAGCAGCAACAAUAUUCAGUAACAUUAAAAACAACACCAGAAGAUAAACUCAUUAUUAAAAUGCAGUGCCAUAAAAUCACCCAAAAGCUCUCUGGAUUUUUUUUUUAUGGUUUUUCUCAAAGCCAGCAAAGUCCUAGAGAGGAUAUGUCAAACACAGGAUGCUGUGAAAAGAUUGUGCAAGUGUUUUCACAGAUGCCACCACAGAGAAGGCCCUGUCCCUGAUAACUAUUCAGUUAAUUUAUAUACAGUUAUGAUGUUCUGAAAUAAAACAUCAAGAUCUAUACGGCUAUACUGAUCUGAAUUAACACUAUAUAUUUCUAAACAAAAAAUUCGGCAAGCUCCAUGGGGAUGGCCCAGACUGUCCAGGAGGCUCUUGUCCUGAGGUAGAGCAACGUUUUUGUUGGGGCCUGUCUUGCUGCCUACGUUGUCUAAUUAUGUUUCUCUCUCAGCAUAUCUCAUCCCAGACCAUCACUGCAACAUCGUAUCAUCAAAGUGGGAACAUGUCUGCCCAGGUAGGGAUUUUUUCAAAUGAGAGGUUACUGCUAAACUUGGGAUAUAUUUCGAGAAAAUGCUUACAAUUGGUCUCAGUGGCCUUUUGGGGAGCAUAAAGCAUAAGCCUUGAGAAGCCUGGCCACCUGUUUGACAAUCACCAGAGAAUCCAAAUGGCUGAGAAAGCCAAUGGGUUUGGAAAGAAACUGGCAAGUAUGGGGAGGAGGGCAGGGGGUAAGGAAACCAGCAUAUCCCUCAUACAUUUCCCCAUCUGAUCCUUUGACUUGGACAUUUUUGUAGGUGGUGAAGAAGAAGAGUCUUGGAAGUGUUAAGCGUCCACGGAAGUUCUUCCUGUGCUCUCUCAGGGCUCUGUCCAUGCCUGGCCGCCAGUACCAAGCCUUGCCCAGUGCCUUUCUUGGUGACUAUGAUGCCAGCACCCGCUACACCAGCACCAAGAAUACCAAGAUGCCUCAUUCAGUGAGUGAGUGACAUGACCCGUCCCCCAAGCCUCUCCUCUGUCCUUCAUCAGGCUACCCUGUUCGUUGGUAUUUACCAUCAGGGUCAAUUUCUACUCACCUUACUAGUCCUGUGCACCCUAUUCCGGACCCUGCUGCCAACAUUUGCUGGGCAAGUUGCCUAGAGUAACAAUAUGGCUCUGCUUUAAUCUGGAGGCAGAAGUUAGGGCCACAGUUGCUCUUGCAAAGCUGUACAAAUCCCUUGGCAUCCCUGUGUCUCAAAAGAUCCACUUGCCACCUGUUGAACUCAACAGCUGGCCAACUGCACCAGCUGGACCAGGUCAACCUUUGACACUCAGCUGCUCUUCCUCAUACUGCAGAUGUAUUUAGGCUCAGUGGACUGGGCCGGCCUGUGUACCUGCUUUCUCCACCAGCCCUCAUCUGUAAAUAGUUCAUGACUAACAACUUUCCCAGCCCUUUCCCCCAUAUACUUUUUUGCUAUGAAAGCCCACGUUUUCCCUUAAGAACCUUACAGCUGCUGCAGACAAUCCCCAUCUACCAUCAACCUUCCAACUUUAACUUCUACACAAGAAAGGGCUUCCCACAAUUUAAACACUUAUAUGCUUGAUGCAGCAAGCACAUCCAGAACACAAGCUUCUUGGCCACAACUCAUAUAUUUCAGCUUUUAUUCCAUGGGCCAGAAAUAAGGGCUCACCAAAUCCACUACCUGGUUCAAUUUUACCCCCGUGUCCCACUAUGAGAAAGGAAAGUAUAAAGACAGGAUCGAAAGAUCCUGCUUACGUAAGAGAACAUUGGCUGUUUCCUAUUACCCUUUUACUUCUAUAGGGGUGUGGCAGAACACUGUCAGAAUAAUUUCCUCAUUUGUAAUGUGGGGGGCUAAAUAUAUGAGUGAGCUAAGAGCGCAAGAAAGGAAAUUCCAUGCUCAGAUAACUGUUAAUGAAGUAACAAAUUAGAGAUUAAUUCACUUUAUUGCUACCUACUUAGUACAGGCCAGUGACUUUCUUCCUGUCACUAUUGUGCCAAGCAUUUAUUAGUGUAGGCCUUUUAUAUCUCUAGGAAGGGUGUUCACACAUAUGUGUAGCAGUGCAUUCUUGACUGGGCCAAGUCUUACCUCCCACAUCACCCCAGAGGGCUGUGAGUCAGCUUGAGCCAGAAUUCACAGUGGCUGGCCAAGGACUAAGGCCUGUAGCUGACUCAGCUACCGGGCCCCGAAAGGAGUAGUGUCGUAUCAUGUCAGAGGUGUAGUACAUCUGAUUUGAAAGUGGACAUCACGAGAAGUCGGAUCAUGGCUUGAUUAGGGCAAAGGAAACAAGGACUGUGCUAGCAGCCUGGAUGACGCCAGAUCAAAACAAAUGUAGUGGCGAGAAGGAAAGGCAUGUGCUUUCCUCAGUUUCCUUGUGGUGCAACACAUGUGCAUGUGCACACAUGGGAACACAUAAGCACACACACACUCACUAACAAAGUGUGUGUUGGCUCUUUUGAGACAAUUAUCCAGGAUAAUCUUUAUGCAGAUUACGGGGAUCCGAUGGAGGGAGCAGAUUGGACGCCUGUGUUUAUUAAAAUAUGGAUUUUGAUCUCCUGUGUGGAGAGAGUGAGGCUGUGCGGGGGAGAGGGUGGCACUGAGCCGGCGAGGGGGUGCUUGCUGCUGUAGUUCUGUAUAAAUCACUAAGAGCAGCGGGCAUCAGGACUGUCAGAGUGGCCAGAGGGCAGGGAAAGUGCACAGCGCCGACAGGUCCUGUACCACCAACUCAAGGGGAUAAACAGCUUUUUCGCUGGGGGAAGGAACCUAUUUUGAGCAGUACUUACAGGAGGGGUGUUUCACAAUGACAACAGUAGAAGCCAAAACUGAAGAGGAGGAGAAAAAGGAGCCAGAUUCAGCUCCAGCUCCAGCUCCAGAGGCAUUGCCAGAGGCAGUGCCAGAGGCAGCACCAGCAUCCAACCCAUCAAGUGGGGUAAGCUUGGCCUGGACAUGGUGUGACGGGCUGCAAAUAGAGGUCUUCAUCCAGUUUUUCCACUGCUGUGGGACUUAGAAUGUCUGUGGCAGCCAUUGAGUUUGGGCUCAGGGGUGGCGGAACGGGCUGGGGGAGUGGCAUUUAUCCAAAAAUAGGGUUGGCUGAUAGAAGUGAAAGGAGCAGGAGUCAUUUAUGGACAGGUUGGACCCACAAUUAAUUGGAUACCUUUUGAAAAGAAAAUGCGUCACACAUUCUGUUCUGGUAGCAUUCUGACAUGUCCACUUCUGAUGGCUCUCUCCCACUCCUUUCAUUUGGUACUCAGGUGUCAACCUUCUCUCCUUUAUUAGUUUCCUCAUUGUGUUCUGCCCUUUCCCUCCACAUCUGAUAGUCAUUCUUAGUUGGUUGUGUGCAAUGGGACACUUUCUUCCAGUUAUGGUUUUCUGUGUGACUACAUUGCUAGCAUCUAUUUGUCUAUAACCCCUGUGUGUUUCUGUCAUCAAUGGCCUUGCUUUCUUGUGUGACAUUGAUUCAUGUUUUCAUGAGCAUUACUCAAUAACCCUUUCCUUCAGUGACUUCACUUUAUGGAUUGGUAUAUUACUGACCGCAUUUAAAUCUGAGAACUAAUGAUAUAAAGUUGAUAUAAUUGAAAGACACUAGAAUAUGAACAGGUUGUUUUUUUUCCAGCUAAUUGGCGAUUACAUGCGAGUGCAUGUACAAACACAAAAUCAUUUUAUCAACUUUAAAAGUUAAAGAAAAAUGCUGUCAAAGUGAUGCCCAGCUUGACGGGGUAGCAGUUCUGCACAAUGAGGUCUAGAUUCUUUGGUUCUUGGGACCUUUCUAGUCAUAUAGUAUUUCACAGGCUAAAGCAGUAGUGGGAAACCUGUGGCCCUUCAGCUCUUGCUGAACUACAGCUCUCAUGCUGUCUGGGGAUGAUGGAAGUUGGAGUCCAACAUCUGGAGGGCUGUAGGUUCCCCACCCCUGGUUCAAAGCAAGGCCAUAUUCUGAGAUACAGGAACACAAGAAGCACCAAUUCAACAGAAAAACAUCUUGUGGAAACUAGGGAAUCUGAACAAGAUUAAAGGGUUAUAGUAGAAACACAAAUUCUACUUUUGAACAUCUAGGGCAACAUGGUAGCAAGACAGAGGCCAAAUGCAAUAUCUGGUUGGGUAAGGAACAUGGCACUUUGAGGUUCCUGAGAAUAAUAUUCUGACCAUUUUUUGACCCUUCAUUUUGAAGGAUGUUGAAAAUUCAAGAGUGUUGAAAAAAGCAGCUGUGGUUUUUAGAUUAAAACAUAAAUGGGCCUGAUAGAAAGGAGCUGAAUGAAGAGUCUUUGCUAAGAGUGGUUGGGGAAAAAAUAUAUGAGGCAGACUGUUUAGGGAAGAGAUGUCAGUCCCUGUCAGUGGUUACUUGAGCCUUGAAGUCUGAGAUGGUUAAAAAAAAAGAAAAAAGCCUAGCUGGGCCACAUUUAUUCAUUUGAAUCACACUGCCAGACGUAGUGACUAACCUCACGUAUAAAUAAGCAUAUCUUUGUAGCCAAAUGCCCCCAUUAAGUUUAAUUUUUCAGUUAGUGCCGCAGGAGGACCAGACCACACAGUUAGAAAGGAGAUUAAUGCCUUAAUUCUGAACACUUGCUGGCUUCGCUCCAGUGCUGACUGAUAUUCCUCCCUCCCCCUCCAUGUCUAUCACUUCCUCUACAGUUUGGCCUCAAUCCCCUUUGUAUCAGCUUAACCCUGCCAAUUCUUAGUUGCUGAUUUCCAAUAGGGUGCUCUGUUCUCUUUGCCCUCUCAUGUCUGGUUUCUAAGGUACCCUUGGUGUUUUUUCUAACUCAAGUAUAUCUCAGGUUUCCUAAUGCGCUAGGGUUGGGUGUCUUUCUUUCAAAGCUAAUGUCCAGAUCAAGCACCAGCAACAGGGUGGGCUAGAGGAGUUGCCUUCCAACUCUAUGAUUCUAUGUGCACUGCUUCCAGUUUCACCAAUCUGACCCCUGCCACCUGACCCCUAGGGCUAAGAUGUUAUUGACUACUCCCCGCCCCCCCCAAUUUUCAUCUUUGUGUAUUGUGUAUUGUGCAUUCAUCUUCCACAAUCACCACUCCCUCUCUCUAUAUACUGUGACCUUGUUAUAUGAUACCUGAGGCCUUCCUGCCCAUAGCAACUCCCCUGUUGCAUCCAAACACUGUUCCAUUUUUUGUUCUUCCUUAAUAUUGUAGUUGGAUCUUUAUCCUUCCUCACUUUUCCCUAGUCAGUGCUAGAAAAUUAUCGGAGGAAGUGAAGCCAGGAGCUAGUAAGGUGCCAGGACACCUCAGCUUGACAUUGAUCCAUUUAUUAUCCCUUCACAUUUCUGUGUUGUGUAAAUGGCCACCUUUGUUGAUGGCUUCCCCCCUCAAAUGAUAGCUUAUAGAUUUGGAAGAAAACAUCCUUUACUCUAUAUGGUGGAGAAGGGCAAGCUAUUAAUAAUAAGAAUAAUUUAAUAACACUUUAUUUGUUUCCUGCCCAUCUGACUGGGUUUCCCCAGCCACUCCAGCAUAUAUAAAAACAUAAUAAAGCCUUACUUCUAGUAAUACCAUCCCUUCUCCAGUAUAUCUGAUGCCUGCAUAGUCAGUAAACAAAUAGGCAAUCACAUGGACAACUUUGCAAAGCUACUUCUUCGUUCUGUCGGCUCACCAAAAUGAGUAACCCUCCUUGACACAGAAAAGGCCUACUGUACCUCUUGGAUUGGAGCCCUAUGACUCUGAAUCUUAUAUAUUGGCUUAUCUUUGCCUUGAGAACCUCUUGACCCACUUAACCGUGAAAUGGUAAAUAAUGCUUCUGCAGCUGUACAAUGCAUGUUGGUUGAAUUGUUUUGUGAAAUUGUGGGAGGAUGUGGUGAAUUCAGUUGCUCUGUCUCAAAAUAGGGAAGAGCAAAGGUUGAUUUUAUUACCAGUACGGCAAGGGUAAUAGGCUGCAGUGCUUCCUUGAAUCAGUGCUCUCGGGUUUGGAAGAGCAAGUGGGGAAUAGACCAAUUUAAGAUGCAGAGGUUACAUGUCUACGUUUGUGGUAAUGAUUUAUAAACAAGCAAUGGAUGUUGUCUUCCACACACUUAAAUGUAGAUGAUUUCCAACCCACCUGCAGUUAUUUCCCAUCUACCUGCUUUCUGUGUGUGAGUGUACAAUGAAAUGGAAAAAUUAUUAUUUGAUACGAUAUGGGGAGAGAAAUAUAAAUAGGGCACACUGGGAGAACCAAAUAGCAACACUCUUUUCUUUUUUUCUUUUUUUUACAGCUAAAAAGGGGUUAUGAAGAAGUAUUUGUAGAUAGCUGUAACAGUGACAAAAGUGUGUUGCUGCCAACCCUAGAAAUAAGGGGUUUGGGGAUUGUUAUAUGUUGCCAGAUGACUUGGAAAAAUGACCACAAUUGUCUGGCUCUUUCAGUAGCAGUAUAUUCUGCAUAUAGGACUCAUGAUAGCUUUAUGCUGUUUUAAAUUAUUGUGUUAGAAUUGUGUUGUUGUCGUUGUCGUUUGGUGGUCAAUGCAAUUUUGUUCAUGCCUAUUUGAUGCACCUGAUCCUAUCAUCGUACUACAAGAAAUCACAGUGCUGUAACAAUCUGUACUGUAUUACACUUGUACCUGUGUACAACCAUUCGCUGAGCCAGCGUGCGACAAUGAAUGUUCAUGAACAUUCUGUCAAGAUAUUUGCAGGCCAGCUUUUCUAAUGGAAAACUUUUUAUACAUAUAGGGUCCAGGGAUGGGAAUAGCUUCGGAGAAACAGAUUGAGGGCUGGAAAGAGAACCCAGAAGGUAGGAAAGAUUUGGGGUGCCCCAAGUCAAGGUAAUUGAAGGAGAGGAACAAAGUAGGCAAUGGGCUAAGAAAGGGGAGCCUGAAGAAAGGAGACAGCUUCAGGGGGGGAAAUAAUCUGAGGCAAUUUCACAUAUUGAUUUGGACUUAUGCUACAAUUCUUUGGGUGCAGGUUUUCAGAUACUUUGGAAUAUUAUUUAUUUGAGUUGAUGCAAUUAGUUUGUAGCCAAUGCGAAGCAUAUAUGCAAACACACACAUACUCAUCUGUAUUCCACAACUGCAAAUGUGGAAUGUUUGCUGAUGUGACAAGAUAGUCACAGUUACAGGUUGGUUGUGUGCUGUUGUGCAUGGAUUGCAGGACCUUCCAUUCCAUUUGCACUUCCACUGACAUUCCCUUGCCUUGCAAAGCUAUGAAGCUCUGAGUUUAUAUGGCUCUGGCUGUUUGAGGAUUCCCUUUUCCCUGUUUACUAUUUUCCCAUACAUUCUGUUCUACUUUUGCAAAUCUUGGAGCUUCUCCAAACCUGCUGACACCUUCGCCUUGUACAUGACCAGUACCAUUUUGGCUACAUAAAUAAUGUCACUCCCAGCCUGAACACUGGAAAUAAAGGGAAUGAUGUGCUUGUGCAAAUAAUGUUUUCAAUAGUACAUUAUAUAAUUUGUUUGGGUUCAUUUUGGAUAAUUUAUUUUGUGUUUGUGCCUGCAGUCUCAGAUUAGGAGCAGGCUACCUGGGCUCCAUUGGGACAUGUUCAAGAAUACCAACUAAGGACUACUAUUGCCAGGAGAAAGAGGCUGCAGCUGCCUAAUUGCUCCACUGUGGCCAGCUACACUAUCACAACAAGUCACAGGCUUGUCACACAACAGAGGGUGCUGAUUUUAGGGAGUUUUUAUUCCUAGGCUCUGUGAUGUAACCCCAAAACAGUUCCCCAAAAUAUUAAGCACAGGCCACUUCAGUAUACAGCACUUCAAUACAUAGCUGCACUCCUCUUCUUAACUGAAACAGGAAAGAAGUCAAACUUUGUGUAAUGUUGUUUGUUAUUCUUCAUACUGUGUCUAGGAAAGAAUUUUUCUUUUUUAAUCUUUAAAAAAGCAAGCAGCUGUGUUGUAUCCUGAUAGUGUAUCCAGCAGCAUUUUUUAAAGUAAAGAACAAAGCAUGCAUUUGCAGACACUUCAUUGUGAAAAGAAAAUGGAUUUUAAUCCAUUUUUUUUUUAGUUUUUGUAAAAGUCUAUAGUCUUCCUCAUAUUCAAGUCAGAAAGAAACUUUCUGACCUGCUGGGAGCCCUCAAGUUAUAUCUAGAAGAUGAAAGAGAAGGCUUGUUAAAGCAAGCACACCUGAAAGACUGUUCCAAACCCCCCAACUUCCACACUGCACCUAACCUCAAUAAUUUCUCGUAAUGUAACAGAACAAAAAAAACAUACCUGGGUGAGAUCAAUGGCUUUCCAACCAUGUGGUUUUCCUGAAGUGAAUGUUGACAUUAUUCCCACAUAGAUAGUGAAAUAAUUUUUUUUGGAACCUAAAACCCAAUUUGCAUUUUAAUAUGAAAAUCUAAUAUUCUAAUGAAAAAUUAAUUUCUAGCGAAAAGGAAAAGGUAACUUGUGUUAGCCUAUAAAAAAUUCCAAAAUCCAUAUUAUGGCAAUACUUUUCUUAGGCCAACACAAAAUAGUAUACAAAUUUAUGGAGCCAAUUAUGAUAUAUUUAAAAAAAAACAAACAAACAAUGGGGUGCAUGGAUUGGCAAAAAAACCACACAACUGGGCAAAGAAUGAAAAUGGAGUUUGUGGAUUCUAUUAAAAACCUGCUGCCUUUCCCGAUAAUUCAAACACUGUACAAAAUGAAACUUAGCUCCAUAUAGUAUAAUAGUUAAAUCACAUUUAACAGUUAAAACACUGAGCUGUGAAUACCCCAAUUCAAACUUCAGAUCAACCUUGAACUCACAAGAUGGAUAAAAGGCAAAUGGAAGAUUUCACACUUAAAAAAAACCAAAAACCUCAAACCUGCACAUCCAAUUCUAUCAUUUCUAAAGCCUGAAAUCCACAGACCUAUGAUAAUUAUUAUUUGAAGAAGGACGGGGUGGGGGUGGGGAAACCUAGCUUUAUGAUGAAAUAAGCCUCUUAAGGGAUGUCAUUUGACUUUAUCAAUGAGAAAAAUAAAAGUGACUUGUUUGAAUAAAAGCAUUCCAAGAGAGGCUGUAGGAACAGCUUAGAAAUCUGGUAUGAGGAGGCAAAUGAUUGUCAGAAACUGAGAAUGGCUAGAAAUGUGUUCAGCAGCAGGGCUUUUUUUCAGUCGGAACUCCACUCCAGCACCUCUCAGGUGGGUGCCUUUGCCUUUGUAAGAGAACAAGGGCAUACCUUCCAAGAUUUCUCUGAUGAAAAUAGGGAUGUCUCAUUCCAUAAUAAUUUUACUAUUUAUACCCCACACAUCUUACUCUGUUGCCCCAGCCACUCUGGGCAGCUUCCAACGUAUAUAAAAACAUAAUAAAACAUUAAACAUUUUUUUUAAAAACCCUUCCCUCUACAGGAUUUCCUUCAGAUGGCUCGGGGGUUGGAUAGCUCCAUACCUUCCAAUAUUUCUCCAAUAAAAAUAGGGACCUUCUAAGGAAAAGUGGGACAUUCCAGGAUCAAAUCAGAAACUGGGACGGCUUCUCUAAAUCAGGGACGUCCCUGGAAAAUAGGGACACUUGGAGGGUCUGCAAGGGAGGCAUUCGUGGUGAGUUCCGGCACCUCUUUUUGUAGAAAAAUUGCAUUAGUUAGCAGUAUUGGGAAUUAAGUAAUUGAAGAGGCUGCAUGGGGAGGUGGGUGGAUUCUCAUUGUUCAGAGUUGCUUUAGUCAGACACAGUUGGCUUAGUUCAGCUCUUAUGCACCAGAGCAAAUUGGGGCUUUAUGCUUCUUUUUAGUCUGAACAUAUUGGUGACUAAGGUGGCAGCUUCGCACAUUAUGUUCCUUUGUAGGUCUUGUGUGUGUAGGAAAUUAGAUGUGCCUCAUGUGUGUCAGUUCCAUUACCUGCACAUGUGGUAGGCAGCCCCAGUUGACUGUGGGUUCUUGCAGCAAGUGCACACCUUGAAAGAUACAUGGCUGUAUUAGCUGUACAAGACAAGCAGUGUUCUACAAAGAAGUUAUAGCCAUGCUGGAAAUUUGUCACAUGUGUGGAGUGUGCUUGAGAGGCCUUGUGUCAUUGUGUGCUCCGAGGAGCACUCCGUCAACAAGACAGUGUCAGUCUAGGUAUAUGAUCCUAAGGAGAGUUGUUAACUGCAAGGAUACUUAUCUCACAGUGCACAUGGUCCAUAACAUAAUCUUAGGCUUUAGGCUACAAAAAAUCCCUUGUUUUCAGACUUUAAACAAAGUGACUGUCAAACAUAGGGCCAAGGUGCCUUCGGCUCCCCCAAUAAAUUAUUUAAGGGCACUGCCCCCCCUCCAAAGUUGAUGGGCAUUGCCAUUCAAAUGGUGUUCAUGCACCACAUCAUAUGAUUGAUUAUGUGGGGUGGGGCUUACCUCCCCUCUCCCAAUAUUUUAUUCAAGUUGGCACAACUGCUGUCAAAAGAUGGGUGGGUACGCUGAUCACCAACCUUCAAUCCACUGGAGAAUCAGCCAGCAUAUUGGGGUAAAUUAAGGGAUGAGGAAACUUUUGCCAUACUAAUCAGAUCUGGAAACAGAAAUCGGCCUUAUACUGAAUGUGAUGUGUGUUGUUGUUGUUGUUUAGUCAUUUAGUCGUGUCCGACUCUUCGUGACCCCAUGGACCAGAGCACGCCAGGCACUCCUGUCUUCCACUGCCUCCCGCAGUUUGGUCAAACUCAUGCUGGUGGCUUCGAGAACACUGUCCAACCAUCUCGUCCUCUGUUGUCCCCUUCUCCUUGUGCCCUCAAUCUUUCCCAACAUCAGGGUCUUUUCCAGGGAGUCUUCUCUUCUCAUAAGGUGGCCAAAGUAUUGGAGCCUCAGCUUCAGGAUCUGUCCUUCUAGUGAGCACUCAGGGCUGAUUUCCUUCAGAAUGGAUAGAUGUGUGUGUAGUUGGGUCCAAAAACAUACACUUUAAACAUCAAAAGCCAGGGUAAAGAGGCGCUUGCAGAGCUGUUGUAAGGAUUAUUGAGAUGAUGUGUGUGAACUGCUUUGUACACUCAAAAUACACUAUAUAAAUGCUAAGUACUGUCACUGGUAAUGCCUAUUUUAUGCCUACACAUCCUUGUACAUAAAAUGUACAGGAAGCUUUGUAACUGCCUGACUGGUUAAGUUCAACAAGGCAGAGGAAGCUGUAUUCUCCACAUUUCCCACAAAAAUCCAGCUCUGACAGAUGAAGAUAGGAUCAACAGAGGAAGACACCACAGAACUGUUUGUAAUCCAGCACCAUAUAAGAGGGUCAAAAAACCCAUUGGAGGCAUGUGUGUGUCUCUCACCUACCUGCAGCAGUUCCUGCUGAGUGCUUUGGCAAAAGUUAGGAAACAACACAGCUUUGCUCCUCAUGUUGCUGAUUAAAGCCAACCAGAGGGGAAGACCCACAAGGGCACAGGAUAGAUGAUGUCAGGCCCUGUUUAUUUGUUGUCCUUGUUUUGCAGUCGGGUUCCCCAGAACAAGAAGGAUUCUUCAGUCUGCUGACCCAUGUACAAGGAGGGCGCAUGGAUGAGCAACGAUGCAACAUUCAGAUUGUUCACAACAAGAGCGGCUCAGACACUGAGAAGAGUGAGUUAACCAAGGCUGGGUGAGAGGGGCAAGGAAGGGGGCAAGUUCUGGUCAGUGGGCACAUUUUUGCAAAAGCUAGCACAGCUCUUGGUCCUGACUACCCCAAGCCUAGGUGAGGUCCAUCUCUCCUUGGAGGCUGUUUUCUCAUAAAACUACUGACCCCAGUCCUCAGAUUUUGGUAAUAUGUGAACAACUGUUAUGGACCUGCUUGGGAAAUUCUAUUAGGUCAUAAAGUCUUCCAAUGCAUUUGUGGAUCAUAGGUACAAAGCUAGCUGAAAGCAUCUUUGCACAAUAAAGCAAGGAUGAGAGAGAGAGAUUUGAUUCAGGGUGGGGCUCUGAUAUCUAGUCCCACUUAUGCAAGCCCACACAAGGACUUCCUCUAGCGCAACUGGGCUUCCAUCCCCCCCCCUUCAAUUAAUUGGUUCUGGAUGGUUUGGGGAAACCCCCGUGACAGUGCAUGAGAAGAGGAGAGGGGGGAUCGGUCCUCCUGGCAAGCUGAAAAGCUUGUGCUGAUGGGACAAUUGCCGUAGUACUCUGCUAAAUUUCUUCCUCAGUUUGCAUUUAGAGGUGAAGCUGCCUUUGCACUUUUCAAAAGAAUACGCAGAGCAAAAUGCAACCAUCUUUUGGAAUUCAUACUUCUCCAAAUAUUGUAAUGCAGCUCUCCAGCCAAGUAGCAUGUACCAAAAAAAUGCAUAUUUAGGGUAGUCAUAUUUCAAAAAGUAAAACCAGGACACCCCAAAAGCUGUUGAACAUUUUAAAGGAAAGCCCCAAAAUUGUUGAGCUUUUGUUUUUUAAAAAAAACAUGCCUAAGAUCUAGCACAAAGUGCCGCCUUUUGGAAAUUCCCCCCAGAUGUCGAUUCCACCUUUGAAAUCCCAGAUAUAUGGCAGCCAUAGCAUAAAGUGUGCAUAAUAUACAUAUAUAUCAGAUAAAAUAUUUUAAAAUUCAUAUUACGGGAAAUUGUUUUGUGAAAAAUUGUAUAGGAGGCAUAAGUGUAAUAUUGGGUAAAUGAGUAACUGAGAGAAACAAAAACUGAUACAUUUACCCACCCCAGCUCUGUAUCAGGAAAGCUGACUCCACAGAGAGGUAAAGGUCAAGGGACCCCUGACCAUUAGGUCCAGUUGUGGCUGACCCUGGACUUGCGGCGCUCAUCUCGCUUUAUUGGCCGAGGGAGCCGGUGUACAGCUUCCGGGUCAUGUGGCCAGCAUGACUAAGCCGCUUCUGGCGAACCAGAGCAGCGCACGGAAGCGCCAUUUACCUUCCCACCGGAGCGGUACCUAUUUAUCUACUUGCACUUUGAUGUGCUUUCGAACUGCUAAGUUGGUAGGAGCAGGGACCGAGCAACGGGAGCUCAUCCCGUUGCAGGGAUUCGAACCGCCGACCUUCUGAUCGGCAAGUCCUAGGCUCUGUAGUUUAACCCACAGCGCCACCCGCAUCCCUUAUACUCCACAGAGAACUGUUGUGCUAAUGGGAGGGUGCUCUUUCUCCUGAAUCUGAUACCAAAUACUGACUGCUAGAGGUCCAUGAUUCCUAAGGGAGGCAAGAUCAGUCCUAGUGCUGUGCUCCCUCUGUAUGCCUUUCCCUAAUGCCCUUUUCCAUUUCUUGGGCAGAGAACAGCCCCAGCCCACCCCCAGAGAUGGACAACUUCAUGGAUAUGCUGGCACAUACGCAGAGCCGGCGGAUGGACGAUCAGCGGGUCAGCUUCAACUACCUCCCAGGCUUCCAAAACGCUGACCGUAAUGCCAGCAACAAACCGGCCUCUGGGGCCACCAAGGUGAGAGGGAGAUGGGAAAGCAGUGGGCAGGGCAGGGAGACUCUGGGUUCUAUCUUGACUUAGACAUGCUUAGAGCAGAACCAUUAAGUCCCAGUUAAUGGGACUAAGGGAAGUCCCGCAUGUCUAAGUCUAGGUCCAGCCCCGAAAGUUACCUGCACAGUAUAACUGUAGCACAGCUGGAAAUGCACGUAAGUUAGGCUAUGUCACAGUCACAGCCUGUUUCUGCAAACACAGCUUGUUUCUGGAAAUAAGCAAUAGGAUUUGUAGAGGCACCGUGGCUCAUCGGGCUUGAUGUACUUUUUAAAAAUGUUUGCCCUGUCUUUCCACUCUAAAAGGUGACAUACAUAAACAAUUCAUGCCAAUAACUAAAAGCCAUAUCAAAUAUUGAACAAUAACAGAAAUGGAGAACAAGCUGAAAUGGCAAAAUAAUGCAAAUAAUAGCAGUAAAAAUCCUGAAAAGACAUCACGGUGAAAACAAAAUGCGAACAUUUCGCCGCCAACAUACCACCAUCAAAGUUCAUGUUUUGUUGUGCAAGCAUUACAAAAACCUGCAAAAUAUGUUUACCAGAGAUGAAAGUAGAAGGAUGAAUACUAAGAAAAUAUAAUGCAUUCAAUACCCUGAAAAGCAGCAUUGUCUAUCUCCGAAUAAACAUCAGUUUCAUCUGUGCCACUACCAUGAUUUUCGCUUAAAAGACAUUCUGCCUACUAGAGGGCAGUAUCACUUGUUCCCUCAGGACACUGCACACUAGCAGAAAACUUACCUUUUAUUACUAAAAUUGUUUGCAUCACAUUUUCUUAAAGCUAAACUGAUGCUUAAAUCCCAACUGGUAACUAUUGUCUGUUAACAAGAGUUUCUGCUAGUUCCCAUAUUCACUUGCAGCAACAAGUAGGAUUCACUUAUUACCAUCUCUACACAGAGCAGAUAGCAAGGAGUUGACACAAAGUCGGUAUCAUCAUAAUUUAUUUUGCAUGUCUGCAUACUAAGAGGCUUCUGAUUUUUGUUUGUUUGUUUGUUUCCACAUUAAUAGCAUUCAUACUUGACACAAGUAACUUAAGAUUUUAAUGCGAAAAAGCAGACACGCAUGCAUACACCCACAUACCGUUAUUCUCUAUUUUUCUCUCAGGCCACCUUAAUUCUAUUUAUAUCUACAAAAUUGUAACAUACAGCAAAUGUAUUUCUGCUUGCGUAUACUACUAUCAUCAUCAUCAUCAUUUACUUUUGUUACAUGCCCUUCACCAUAAAGUCCCAGGGCAGGUUCCAUCUAAAAAAAUUUUUUUAAGAGUAUAAUAAAAUAAAACAGCCCCACCCCAAAGUGCCAUACAAUGCAUAUGUACAUAUCAACAAAACCGACGGUAUAUGGGGAGACACUAGCAACAGUGCUUUUUUUUCUUUAAAAAUGUUUAGGGGUACUCUCAUUUUCACUCCAGAAAAUCACCAUUUUAUUGUUCAAAUCGGGAAAAAUAAAUACAGUAAAUGGACAAAAGUACAAAGAUUCACAAAAUGUUUAGGGGUAUGCAUACCCGUGUCCCCCCAGAAAAAAAACACUGACUAGCAAUGCUGAUUCAGCUGUCAAAAGCCAAUGAGAAGAUGCACUUCUUCAAUGACCAUGUCAAGAAACAGUGUCUGAUGCCCCUGUGUAAGGAGGAAAUUCCACAAUUUUGUAGCCAUUAUAGAAAAGGCUCUCUUGCAGGCCAUUUCCCUUUGUACCUCCAAGGGAGAUGUACUAUUUAAGUACAUUGCGGACUUUAGGGGACUGGGAUUAGCCAUUACAUAACCACUGUGGCCUCCGAGAUGGGACUGUGGGCUACUUCAUGUAGUAGCUUCUCCUUCUCUUCCUUUCACCCCAUCAAGCCUACUUGGUUCCAUCUACCAGCCAGACCUGCAUAAACAAACACAAGGUUCUACAACACUCAUUAUCUGUGAUCAGUCAUAUUGUGCUUCUCAUCUUUGAGGGCUGGAGUCAGCUAACAUGUCCCACUAGCCUGUGCAAUGGGAAUUUCCCUCUCCCCCUAUGCACUCCCAAAUUAUUGGAGGCUCCAGGAGAACCUCCAAAACAGCAUGCAGGGGGAAGAGAGGGAACAUGGUUCCAUCAGGCUAGCAGUAGACCUUGCAUGGAUGGAGCAAUCUCCUCAGCGCUCUGUUGAAUUCCUCCAUAAAAACUAAAUUACCAAACCUGUUUUCACUGUGCUUUGGCAAAGUAGCCAAUCUAUCACUUUCUGCCACUGAGGAAGAGCAGCAACACACACCCUGCAGAGAAGAGCAGUUACGCCUCACAAGAUGUCCCGCCAUACAUAUCCGCACAGUGUCUUUUCCCUGUGGCCCCAUUAAUACUCCUGAAUGAUGCACGUAUUAACCUUCCUUAUUGAGUCUCUUUGACAGACUGUCACUAACCCUUGCCCUGCUCGGGGUGGCCUUGUGAUAUUCUCCUUGUUAUUCAACUGAUUAACUCUUUAUUUCUGUUUCUUUCCUGUGUUUUCUGGCUGGAACAACAUGAGACCUUGUCUGUGCCGUACUGUGCCGUGUCCACAAGAGGCAUCUCCAGGAUGACACUUUCUACAAAACUUGUUCAUGUCCCGGGGCUAGGUUUGACUUGGUGACAUGGAUGUAAAGUGAAUCCCUAGACACAUAGGGCCUCUGCAAAUCUAUGCACACUUCUUCUGGGACACAGAAGGGGCAUUACACAUGAAGGAGCAUUAGCUGAAUCUAGCUAAAGAGAAAGACCAAUCAGUUGUUGCAUUCUAGGAUCCUACUUGCCUAUUGUUCUAGGAUCCAAGCUUAGUACAUAACACCGGACAGGGUGGACAGUAAGGCAUGCUCUGCCUUUUGACAACCCUGUGGUUCUGACAUCCAUGAAACAGUGAAGCAAGCCUGGGAGGCAGCUUUUUAGGUGCUGGAAAUGGGUCCAGAAGUUUAUGAAAGGCAAGGCUUGAAAAUGCCAUCAUUUGCUUAGAUUACAGUAAUCACCCACAAUGCCCAGGGUUCAGGUAGCAGCCCCUUCCUUCCUUUCUUCCUUUCCUAUCCUUGGGGUGCUUGGACCUAAGCACUCAGUGGCCAAGCCAUUCCUAGCUUGGGGCUACAAUAGAUGGUUUUGGCUCUCUACAGACAGGUGGUGUCAGGUAACACUUCGAGAUGCAGGUCAUCAGUGAAUAUGAGAAACAGCGACAGCACACACUGCAUCCACCCACAGCCUCUUGGAAUCUUGAUGGAAGUCUGUUCAAUGUUUCUGUAUUUAUGUGUCUUUAUGUGCAUGGACAGCUCUAUAGGGAGGGAAACGCUCCCGUCCUUGGCUCCACUACCACCACUGUAUUUUCUUCUUUGCAGAAAUGAGUACCUCCCCAGUCCUGAUCAGGGAAGGUGGCAGACAGACACCGACCUAAUGCCACCAAGCACAGCACUCCGCCACUCGCCCAGUAGCAACCCCUCACUGCAGUACCCGCCCUGCUCAUUCUCUGUACAUGCCCUGC